AUCCUGGUAGAAGGAGAAGGACUGGGAUAAGAAAGGCGAUUGAGACCUUCGCCCAGUUCAUGAACUCGAGAUCAGACACCAGACAAUAUAAAGGGAAUAGAGACACCAAAGGCGCUUCUGUCUCUCGGCCGCCGAAACAUACACACUGCAUACACAGCCGAGGAAGAAAGGAAGAAGCGUCAAUGCAUAUCCUCUUAUCAUGACUCUAAACCUUUUGCUAAGAAAGCUUGGAGCCUGGACCUGGGACGCCUUAGUAAACGACGGUCUGAUGGCAUCCCACAUCUGGGGAACGCCCAUUCCCUACGGCCUCAACGUUUCCAGCAACAGCACCUGCCCCGUCCCGCCUCCCAUCGGCCAUCCGGUUUCCUACCCUUUCAACAACAAUACGGCCCGGAGGCUCCUUGUGCAGACCGCCAUUCAAAGACUGUUGGCUCGACUGGACGACGUUGUGUGGCAGCUACGGUAUAUCAGCACCAUGUGGCACAUAAUGGAGACCCUAGCGGGGGGCGGCGACCUUACACCGUUCCUCAUGAGGGCGUGGGGGGAGAGUGUAGCGUCGACUGUCCUGCGGAGAGCGCUUGGGCUUGGGCCUCUGGAUCUCAGAGUCCAUAUGGUGAUGGAGGGAGUGUUUCUGCACCUGAGCUUGUCGUUCUUGCUUUUGGUGAACUUUGUCUUUGUUCGCUGGCGACGGCGGGUAAGGCAGGGUUUGGAAAAUGAAGGGGGGCGAGGGAGAUGGAGAUGAAGAGGAGGAGGAGGGGGAGGAGGAAGAAGAUGAGUAACGAGAAGAACCUUAUAUUGCUGAGUGCCUUGCUGUAUCACAUUUCUGCGUUAACUUUAAAUAGCACCGAUGUCCUGACGUUGACGGUCGGGAAGAUAUCCGCUGCUCCGAGCCUCGAGUCCCCCGACUUUCCAUAUUUUCCUGACUUGGCUUCUACCGAUUACCUCAACCGGUUU